GUUUUGGAGGAGAUAUCGCUGAACGAGGAGGACACAACUUCAGCCGGGCGCAUUUACAUUAAAAUUGUCUUUUUGGAUCUUGCUGAAUCGAUGGGUGUGGAAAAAUUACUGGAGCGAAUUCGUGAUCCAACGAUGCAGCCUGCGUUCGAAAAAAUUUUUCCACGCGACAAUCCGAACAAUACACGCUUCUCGAUCAAUUUUUUCACGACAAUAGGCCUCGCAUAUCUCUCGUUUGAUUUGAGACUACACCUGGAGCAGGCUCGGAAGUUGGCACGGGAGAAAGCGGCCCAGGAUGUAUCAUCAUCUUCCUCGGAAAGUUCUUCCAGCUCAACUGACUCAGAUUCCAGUGAUAGCAGCAGCUCAAGUGAGAGCGAUUCGUCGUCAGGUUUUUAUUUUUUUAUAUAA